GAGAUGAAGAAGUGGAAGCGGGAGCUCGCCAAGGAGGGGCGGCAGAUGGAGCGGGAGAUCCGGAAGAUGGAGGAGGCCGAGAACAAGUCCAAGGCCGAGUGCCAGAAGCUGGCCAAGGCGGGCCGCGUCGACGCGUGCAAGAUCAUCGCCAAGGAGAUCGUUCGCACGCGCGCGGCCCGGGAGCGCCUGCUCGUCGCGCGGACGCAGAUCUCGAGCGUGUCGAUGCAGCUCCAGACCCAGGCGGCCAUGGUGCGCGCCGCCGGCUGCAUGAAGAAGUCGGGCGAGGUCAUGGCCGUCAUGAAUCAGCUCGUGAAGCUGCCGGAGCUGCAGAAGACGAUGAUGAACAUGCAGCGCGAGAUGGAGCGCGCGGGCCUCGUCGACGAGAUGAUCCAGGACAGCAUGGACAUGAUGGACGGCGACGACAUCGAGGACGACACGGCCGUCGAGGUCGACAAGGUCGUCGCGGAGCUCACGGGCGACCUCUUC